AUGGGUUGCAGUCAAGCUAAAAUUGAACCUGAAGCAUUAACACCUGAUGAUGCAAGAAUUAUUCGAGAAACAUGGAAAAUGGUAGGAAGAGAAGCUUAUGGUGAAUAUGGUCAACGACUCAUGCUUAGGAUCUUUCAAAAAUACCCAGACAUAAAAGCACUUUGGCAAAAUCCUCGUAUUAUGAAUGCAACUACAACUGCUGAUGAUGCAGAUGCUCCUAAUUCAGCUAAUCGAUGGAAAAUGGAUUUAAGAAAUCAUGGUUCAAAAUUUUUUAAUUCAUUAGAUGAUCUUAUUAGUGUUGUUGAUAAACCUGAAGAACUUUUUAAAAUGUUACAUGAUAUUGGCGUUAAACAUAAAGGUUAUGAAGUUAAAUCUGAACAUAUUCAAGCCGUUGUUGAUGGUCUUAAUCAUACAAUGGAAUUUGGUUUAAAAGAUAAAUGGACGGAUGCUCGACAAAAAUCUUUCCAACGUUUAAUUAAUAUUAUUGUUGCACGAACAAAUCGAUCAUUAUCUGGUGACGAAAAAUGA